UCGGAAGGUAACCGCCUCCGGACAGACGAACAACAAAAAUGGAGUUGUGAACUUGUAGCAAGUUAGCUACCAAAGGACGUUCAGUUUACGUUUUUGUGUGACUGCCUUUACGUGGGAGAACGUAUUUAAUUGACUAAAGUGGCAAUGCGACCAAAUCAAACUCACACGUAGUUUGUUUUUUGUAGAAGUAGUAAGACGCCGUCGAACGGGCAAACAAACCGGUAUCUUGGCUACGACAAAGACAACAAGGUUUAGCAGUAAAGCUAACCAGCUAAAAGAGUGGCCUCUGCUCGUUUUCACUCUCACUUUGUGGAGCUAGUUAACAAACGAAGAGCGUGCCUUGGGCAGAAAUGGAGAAGGGAGAUUUCCUAAAGGGACUACCUGUCUACAACAAAAAUAACUUCAGCAGGUUCCAUGCAGACUCUGUGUGUAAAGCAUCAAACCGCCGACCAUCUGUGUAUCUUCCAACUCGAGAAUAUCCAUCAGAGCAGGUCAUAGUCACAGAGAAGACAAACAUCUUGUUGCGAUAUCUUCAUCAACAGUGGGACAAAAAGAAUGCAGCAAAAAAGCGAGAGCAGGAACACGCAGAGGGGGAGAACAUGGCGCCUCCAAGAAAAAUUGCCAGAAUAGACAGCCGGGAGCUGAAUGAGGAUUCAUAAAGCAAUGCGCCAUCAGUGCACACCCAGUAGAGACUGACCUACACAAACAGAAUGCAAACACAGAUUCAGGAUUUGUUUGCCAACCCAGGCCUUGACCCUGAAGCACAAAAAGAUCAAUACAUUUAAGACCAGAGUCGUCAUGAUGUCAAUUUCAAAAGCAGACAGAACUUCCUAACCAAAAGCUUUUUUCCUCAGUUUAUUUACUGCUUUCAUUUGCUACUUCCUUUACUUCCAAGAACCUAUGCCUCAGAUUCUAGUCAUUGUACUUUUAAAAAUAACAUACAUCUACCUCCUUAUUCCCCCUUUCACUUAUGCUCACAGAGUUUUCCUGUAAAUAUGCCUACCAUAUACCAUACCAUCUCUGAGAUAUGCAUGUUUUCAGUUAAGUCUGUAUGUGUGAUUAAGUGGCAUGCCAUGUUUUUUGGCUUCUACUCCAUUAGGAUUUUUUUUUUUUUUUUUAAAGUUUUGAAUUAUGUAAUGACAGUGGUCCUUAAAUUAUUAUUUUAGCUAAUCCUUUGUGUAAUCACUGUCAUUACAGUAACUGAAAAUAAAACUGCAGUAUGUUCCUUACUUAGACCGAUUAUCCAUUCUGGGUUUUUUUAUGGACUGUGUUUUGGAAAAAGACUAGUGCUGAAAGAAAUGAUCCUAUGUUUUCUCCUGAUGAGUAAUGAUUUAUUGCCUUAAGUGGAAGUGAGUGGAAGUCCCCCCCUUGGUUUACAUUGUUGUUUCAGGAAGAAAUGAACCACUGCUGAGUUGAGUGGAUAUUAGCAUGUUUUUUUGAUAAGGGCACAUUCAAGCCAAUACAGACGCGCUAGAGGAUGCAAACUCUUUUUGUACAGUAUAACCUGCAGAUUUUGUAGCCAUAUUUUAAGUUUGAUGCUCAAUACUUUGAGAUCACAACUUUAUGAGCAGAACUUGUAUAUUUGUAAUUACACGAUUGGCACAGUAUUUAAUGAAAUAGGUGAUAACUACAGGUAUGUGUAGAUUUACACUAGCUGUACUAAUGUGUAGGCUACUUGUUCGGCCUGCUGUCAUUCUUGUUGUAAAUAUACCAUUCACCUUUGCUCAAAUAGGUUGAUCAUUUGAGUCAUAUUGAGGGAAUAUGUUUAGAUUUACGUUUUUUUGAAAGCGGGGCUAAGUAAACAGUCUGUGUUUGCUGCUCGUAACGUUGGUGAAGCUCAUCAUAAUACUCCACAAGUCUUGUAUAUUUGUGCAGUGUGUAUAUUGUGGUUGCUCUGACCCUUUUCUCGGGUAACAAGGCAACUACUCACUCUGUAUCUUCCCCAAGAUAGCCGUAUUUGUAUUGCACAUUGUUUAUCCAAAUUGUUCUUUUACAGAGGGAGGAUACAAGCCAGAGUUUGAUCAAAACUAAGAAAAGCAUUUUACUUCAUUUGCUUUGCACCUUCAGAAAAAUCAAUUUUUGCAAAUUUACAAAGAAUAAUCGGCUGCAAAUUGUGUUGGCCCCUUACACUCUAUUAAUGUACAUUUCUACAUUUGUUACAGAUUGCUGUUCAAAGGUUUACAGAGUAUAUGUUCAGUUUCACUGCUUAUGCAAGUCAAACCAAUUAGAAUGCACACCAAGUUUCACAAAUAUGACUUUAAACUAGAGACAUGCGGUGUUUUAUUUUCCCCAGCUCUUCAUGGAAGAGUGUGCUGAUUAUACUUUUGUGAUAUGGUUUGUAUCACAUCACGUGAUUUAAUUUUGGAAUGUCUUUCUUGUUAAAUGCUUUGCUUUGAGUUUAUUGUAUAAAUGUAUUGUUGUCAACUUCAGAUAUUGUUGUUGUAUAGAUUAAACUGAAAUACAGUAAAGGCUACAA